GUCUCAACGUUAAGUUGUUAACACAUCAGUAAAACUCCUGUUGUUGUUGUUGUUGUUGUGUAAUAUGUACCAAUCUGGCCUACUUAUUUUAUCGCCUCAUAUCCGUCCUCAUAAAUUGUCUUCUCUGUUAAAAUAUGCUAAGAAUAUGGUGAAUGAAAAGUUAUUUUUAACUGUCCCACAAAGUCCUUUAAAUUUUACCUAUUGGAAAAGAACAGCUACACUGUGUUAUACAAUUGCUUAUCAGGUGUGUCCAUCGCUAAACAUUUGUCUGCUUCUCCUCCCUCCUCCACCGCCUCCCAAAAGUACAUCCUUAAAGCCUUCAGUAAAAUUCGAUAUUGUGAUCUCUCCAGAAUCUGAAUUCAGUCAUGCUUGGAUUUUGAAAGAAGUUCACAAUAUUGAUCCAUUAUAUAAUGACAAUAUUUUAUACGCUACUAAAGAUGAAUUCGAUUUAGACGCAACAGUAGUUGAUGACAAGUCAAACGAUGAUCAUGAUGAUAAGUCAUUGGAUGAAUCCUAUCAAGAUAUCUCUCAUGUAUGCCUUGGUGGUACUUUCGAUCGGCUACAUAAUGGACAUAAAAUUUUACUUACUGUUGGCGCUUUACUAGCUAAACAACAACUACUCAUUGGGAUAACAUGUUCUAAAUUACUUUCAGGCAAAUGUCUUAGUCCUUUCAUAUAUUCUUGGGAAAAGCGUCAACUAGCUGUUCAAGCAUUCCUCAGUGAUAUUGGAGUACAGCUGGAGAAUGUGAAAAUUGUUGAAUUAUCCGAUGAAUUUGGUCCACCAGGAUAUUGUGCAGAGUUCGAUUGUAUAGUAGCUAGUUCUGAAUCUCUUCGUAAUUGUGAGAAGUUGAAUGAAUUACGACAAACUAAGGGGUUUAAACCAUUAAAAAUUGAAAUAAUCGAUUUUGUUUGCUCAGAAAGGUGA